AUGCUUGAGAACAAAUCUGUUACCUUUGAGAAGGAUAUGGCAAGGGAGGAAGGGCCCACUGCACCUAAUGAGGUGGUGAACAAUGCUGCUGACAUUGACCUCAAUCAAGAUGAGGCAAUGGAUGACAUUGAGCUGGAUGAUAUUGAGGACUUGGACCUGGACCUUGGAGAUGAGCAUCACCAUGGUGAAGCUGAGAACCAUGAUGAAGCACAGAACCAUGGUGAAGCUGAGAACCAUGGUGAAGCUGAGAACCAUGGUGAAGCUGAGAACCAUGGUGAAGCUGAGAACCAUGGUGAAGCUGACAACCUUGGGGAAGAGGAUAACACCGGUGGAAAGGAGGCCACUGGUGAUGAAAAUGACUUCACUGAGGGUGAAGGCAUGACUUAUCCUAUUUCCGAGGAGAUUGUCCAACUCCAGGCUAAGGUGGGAACUCAGAAUAUCACCAUCCUGCAGCAGCAGACGUCCAUUGAUGGACUCAAGAAGCACACUCGGAACCUCGAGGCUAGGCUGAGCAUUACCAUGAAGGAGGUUACUGAGUUCCGUCGUAGCUUGGGCACUAAGAACCAUGAAAUUGAGUGGCUUCAGAAGACUUGCAAUAAUCUGCAAGUAUCAUUCAACAAGCUCAAUGAGCAGGUGACCAAACUUAGGAGGGAGGGUAUCUACGAACCUCCUCCUGGGCGUAGGCCCGCUCCUGCUGCUCAGUCGGUACCCGCUCCGCCCGCACCCCCAGCAGUAGGCGCUGCGACGGCUAUGCAUCAGCCACCUCCAACUGAGACCUCGCCCUUUGGGUCUCUCUCGGCGCCUCUGCCUGAGUUUAACCAUCGCAAGACGGAGGUGCAGCCUUGGCUUGAUCUGGUGAAUGAAACCAUGAUCCUUGCGAAUGUGCGUCCUGAGGCUCGCGUUACUGCAGCCACUCGUGCAUUGGACGAGGUGGCCCGCAGGGCAGUGUAUGGCGCUAAGAAGCAGGCGCAUGGACCAUUUGGGUGGCCGGAGUUUUGCACCGCGCUGAAAGAGGCAUUCAUGGUCAAGAAGUCCGACCUGGAAUUGCGCGGAAGCCUUGAGCAUAUCAAGUGUCAUGACCGUCCGGUGCAGGAAUAUGCGGUCGAGUUGGAGGCCGCAGCAGGCUCGCUCCAGAAGCCCUUGUCUGAGGAGGAGAUGAUGCACCUCUUUAUGAAAGGCCUCCCUGUCAACCUGCAAGAGGCACACAUGAUCGGCGGCAUGACCAAUUGGACGACUUACAAGGAGCUGAAGGAGCAGGUGAUCAAAACUGACACCGUCAUUCGCACAUAUAUCCAUGGUCCUGCAAAGGCGGACCAGCAGCCCCGUGUUGAGGGCUCCGGUGGUCGUGGGAACCGGCCCCAGAACGCCAAUGGCGGAGGCGGUUCGAAUAAGCGACCUUUCCAGCAGCGUGAGCACCAGCCUGGACCACAGGCCAAGAGGGCUAACGGGGGGGGAGGUCAUGGCCCUAACAAGCCGGACUUCUCCAAGAUGUGGUGUCACGGCUGUGGAUUUAUUGGACACAUCCAAAAGCAGUGCCGUAACAAGAACCCAAUCAAGUACUCUGGGAAGCCGAAGCCAGGCGGCGCGGGACCUUCUGGAAAGAAGGAUUUUCAGAAGCCCAACUAG